AUGGACACUCUCCAUCCAGGAGUAGUAAAUGGUUCCAUUACUCCUGGGCCUGGGACAUCGUUGAAGGGGAAAGUUGCCCUCAUUACAGGAGCUAGCUCAGGUAUCGGAGCAAGUGUGGCCCGCUAUUUCGCUUCUCUUGGAUGUCGGCUAGCCUUGACAGGUCGGAACUUGGAUAAUCUUCAAGAAGUUGUUGAAGAAUGUAUCGAGAGAGGUCUGGAAAGGGAUCAGAUAUUGCCCAUUCAGGCAAAUUUUGAGGUUGAAAGCGAUGUGAAGAAAACUGCUGACCAAACCAUACAGAAGUUCAAGCAGCUUGAUGUUUUGGUUAACAAUGCAGGAACGGCUUCUUUGGAUUCAAUCGAAACAUUGAAAUUAGAAACUUUUGAUACGAUAUUUGCCGUGAACGUAAGAGCACCCCUUUAUCUAACCCAUCUACUGGCUCCACACUUAAUCGCAUCAAAAGGCACUGUUGUUAAUAAUUCGAGCUUAUAUGGAAUCAGACCCAUGCCAUCGAUGACAAGCUACUCUCUAAGUAAGAAAUCAUUAGAUCACAUGACAAGAUGUAUCGCUGAAGAAUUGGCACCUUAUGGAGUCAGGGUUAAUGCAGUGAACCCUGGUGUCAUUCCUACUCGAAUUUUAGAGCGAAUGGGAGUUACAGAUGAGGCAGUUCAAAAGACCAUGUUUGAGUUUUGUAAGAAAACUCAUGCCAUGCGCAGAACUGGGACUGUUGACGAAAUCGCUAAAGUUGUUGCUUUCCUCGCAUCCAGUGACUCGUCCUUUACCACGGGGGAAACACUCCUAGCAGAUGGAGGGAGUCAUCUCCUAGUCACUACAGUCGAUUAGACCAUCAUGACCAUGCAUGGACCUACUACAUGAACUAGUAUAGUAGAUCUCCAUGAACAGAAAAGCAGGUUAAACAGCUGCAAGUAUAUUGUCAUGAUAUUAAUCGCAGUAAUGUAAGAAGCCUCAAUUUAUUCAGUUCUGUACAGUUACCUAUAAGCAUUUUGAAUAAUAAAGUAAUAAGAAUUCUUCGUUCAGUAGCUGACAUAAUUAAAAAAUACAAUAUUCAUAAAGAAUUUCUACGACUGGAGGUAUUUUAACAACGGCCUCAACGCUAGAGAGAAUUCAAUCGAAAUUCAGUCUGUCUUGCAUUGUAAAUACAGACUGCUUACACUCCUGUGUUAACAAACAUUCACAUAUUUUACUUUCAUUUGUUGGUUGAUGAUUUGAUUUGUUUGUUAUGAUCCUUUUUGUAUAUUAUCAACUUAUGUCACUUUUUUCUUUUAUAUAUAUUUUUGAAUGAUUAUUCACAACUAGUUUAAGAAUAUCUUUAAAGUUCGGAUCACUCUCACCCUUUAGUUUAGUAUUAUUUCCUUUAUUUGUUUUUAGCACUGUUUUUGUUCUUACACUAAGAAGAAGCACUACUAGUAGUUAAAACAUUCUCUUUCAUCCAUCAAUCUCAUGUUAUCACCACGAACAUUAUCAUUGAAAUGUUUAUAUUGUAUUUAUGUUGUUUUUAUCAGCCUAUUUCAGGUUUGGGUGUGAAAUAAAGAAGAAAAUAAGUAAAAUAAAAUCUCUAAUUCAAUUUCAUUACAAUCAUACUUGCAUCUUUUAUUAGUUUUGGUGGUGUAACUUUGGCAUUUACUUCAAACAUUUCCCAAAUUAUGAGGUAUAAUGACAAUAAUAAUAAUAGCCAAUUUUUAUAAAGCGCUUUUCCCAGAAUGGCUCAAAGCGCGUUUUAGCAUAUUAUAACCCCGGUCAUUUGAUUCAUUUCAAUCCCGCACGAAAACUGCACAGCUUACACUCCCUGGGGAGCAUUCCUUGCAUUCAUCGCAG